GCCCUUAGCCUGCCUCGCGAUUGGUCGGCUGGGCCGCGAGCCGGCCAGACGCAUCACGUGACCCCCUCCCCUCCCCUCCCCUCCCCUUUACACCUAACCGGGAGGAAGAGAAGGAGGAGGCAGCGCUGCUGCCUGGGCGGGGGACGCACUUCCGGUGUAGUGAGUGACUGACUGCAGAGCUAGCUCAGGGGCUCCGGCUGAGGGUGGCAGGAACAUGGACAGCCAGGGCAGGAAGGUGGUGGUGUGCGACAACGGGACUGGGGUGAGUGCCUGGAGCCCGGGAGGUGCCAGCCAUGGCUAAUGGGCGUGUAUAGUGACAGCCCCUGUGACAGGCUAUUCAUUGUCAAGCUGGGAAAUUAACUAUAAUAACACUGCCAUAGCAAUGUCCUGCAGGAGGGGCUCGCCUGUGACAUUCCUGGGUUUGUGGACUAUGAUUCCCAUAACACUCAGCCAGCCAGGGAGCUGACUGUCCUGGGAAGCCUAAACCAUUGCAGCAGGGGUGCCAGGUGUGAGCCAGCCUUACACUGAAUGCAGCUGGGGGGGAAGCCUUAUCAUUAACUGGAUGAGGACACUGUCCCUUUAAUUAGGGAUGCAUGAAGAAGAUGCUUGUAUAGCAAAGACCUCCAGUAUACCUUUUACAGGUGUCCAUAGUAAAAUAACUAGACUUGUACUUGGUUUAAAAAGUAAUAUUCAUAUUUAAUGAUAUUUGUAUCUGGUAGUUAUGGCUAUUAUUGGCACCCAUUUAAAUUUUUUAUUUUUUUUAACUACAUUUUCCAUAAUUCUCAGCCGCCCACUAUUGCAUUACAGUGAAUGAACUACUCAUCUGUGGGACUCCAGAUUACAGGGAGUAAACCUUUUCCUGCUUGUCCCCGCCUCACUGGUUUAGAUGGGUAGAAAAGCUGCAGGCCCCAGCCUGAUCAAAGGUAUUUCUUACCUUGGUUUGUUGAGGUGGCAGGAAUGUCCUGUUUCUAUAAGCGAGAGACAUGGAAGAAUGUGUCUGUUUAAUAGCUUUGUGCAAAGUUAAAACUACCCUGUUAAGUGACAUAUAUGUAGAUUUUUGUAGGCUGUCUGUGAAGCCUGGUUUGCUUUGUAUUUUGUAAAAAGGCAGUAGGAAAGUGAGAUUAGGUAGGAUCACAUUUACCUGUAGAAGAUUAGAAUCUCUUGCUGCAUUAUAGUUCCAAUUGGAAUUUAGUGAUAAGUAAAGGGGAAAUGGCAAAACCUGCUUGGUACUUGCCACUUUAUAUCUACAUUUUAAUGAUAUACAACAUAAAUGUCCGCAUGUUUGAAAUGUUCCUUUCCCAAACCUCUUUCUGCAGUUUAUCGCAUUGCUAACUUUUCUCUGUAAGGCACACCUGGGCGGGAAAAUUUUUAGAUAAGAGCAAAGGUAUUCAUUUUAUGACUUGUAUAUUCACUUUGGAACGAAAUCUGUUUUUCUUCUAGGUAAAGCUUUUGAUUGUGUAUUUAUUACAUAUUUAUGUAGACGAUUAAAGGCUGUUGCAUCUAUCAAGUUCAGCCUCUCAAUCCUUUUUAUUUAUUUAUUUUUUAUCCAAAAGGGAAAAAACCUGCAUUGAAGCACAUUCCAAUUUUGAUUCAGACGUAAAAAACAAAAACUCCUUCAAGACACAAGAAUGUCAGUCGCAUCUAUCCUUGAGUCAAGAAACUGUUAUCCCACAUAUUCUACCACUUAAUAUUAUGUUUUGGAAAUAAUGUGUUCAUGUAUAUUUACAGCAUUUAUUUUCCUGUAGGUUCUAACUUUUCUUAGCAUCUUUAUCAACCUAAUUUUUGGAGUAGUCUUGAUGGCAGAGCAUAAUUACAAGUAAAUUAUGCAGACCUUUCAUGCCCACUAGUUUGACAGUACCUGACUUCCUAUUUACAAUAAGUCAAUUGUAUUGGCAUUGCAUUAACUGGAUGUAGAUUUACAGAACAGUAGUCAGUUUAAGGAAGCGUUGUGGCUAGCCUGCAAGACAGGAAGUAAAUGCAGUGCAGCUUAAUUUGCAGACACCUUUUCAUAGUUGUUUCUGGAUGAGUUUAGUAAUUCAAAUCCAAACUAAAACAUGGACUUGUAUCUGCACUAUGUGUUUGUUGCAUUAUAUUUUGCUGCAAACAAUCUAAAUAAGUGGUGGAUGACUAGUUGUGUUUAGAAAUUACUUUUUUUUUUUUUCCGCAUACAUAAUAAACGUGUGCUAGAUGUUACUGCAAAAUAUUUAGUUUUUAUAUGCACAAAUCUUUUUUUGUGUGUGCUUUCUCUGUAAACUUUUUUUUUUUUUUUUUUUAAACUUGAGAUUAGUGCUAGCUAAUGAUGCUGGCGUGCACAUUUUGCUGCUGUGUUUUUAUGUUACAGAAGUAAAGUUUCUUCUGGGAAUCGUUGAGUCAUCUUUCCUGUCCUGUAAGUCUGCAGAUUUGCCAGUUCCUUACAGAUCCACACUGUUUGAUUUAAGUAUUAUGGUCUGCAGCCAGCCCUGUGUGACCAUUCCAUCUUACUUUUGUGUGAGGCAGCAUUCUAAAUCAAAUUCGCAAACCACAAAUAUUUGUUAUGGAUAUUGAAAGUGCACAUCUGGAUAUGAAACUAAGAACUUGACUAAAAGCAUGUGAUUUUUAUUAUUUUUUUUCCUUUCAGAGAUCUGUUGGGUCAGCUAAUGUUUGCAUAUAUAUUGUACAUUUUUCAAGAGGAAGUAGUGUUUUUGCCAAAGAGACUCUUUGAAGCUUGAAUAUUCUAGAGUCUCUUGUUUAAAAUCACAUAAAGACACAAGGUGUGUGUGUAUCUAACAAAUGUAUAGAUACCAAGUUAUUUGCAUUUUGAUCAGACGUGUCUGCCACACUGUUCCUCAUGUUUGUGCCCUCCUUAGGACACAAAACACAAUGGCCACUGCUGCUCACUGUAGUGGAUAUGGUGCUCUAAUUGGGUUCCAUAGCCCUAGUUUUUCAUACAUCCAAGCGGCAGUUAUAAUAGACUGGUAGUUGCCCUGCUGCUAUGGUAACGUGAUUCUGCCUUCUAGAAAUGCGGGAAGCCAAUGCAGGCGCCAUUCAUUGACUGGGUGCAUCAGCUGACUGCACUUGGCCAAUGAAUAGUGCACUGUGCAAAUUAAAAUUGUCCAUCUCAGUGUUAGAUCUCUAGCAACCAAGGGGUCAAAUUCAAUAUGUGAAAAACACCACACAUACAGACUCCCUGCAGGCACCAUUCCCACCAUGACUACUUAAAUCAUCUACAAUAACGUAGCUGCCUUUAGAACUUCAAUGUUUGUAGUUUUCUCAUGGAAGAAGCAACACAACAGACCAGGUUUUACCAGCCAAUGUAUUUGUGUGUGUAUAUAUAGUGCCAUUAAGUUUGCACAAAACCUAUAUCACUGAAAAUGUCAAUCUGGAUGAAAUAUUGGCUUUUCCUGGUAGCGUGCUUCCCCUUAUGCUGUUUUCACAAUCUGUAUUGUGUUGCUAAAAUAAACGAUAAAGUUUUCAAUUUUGAGAAAUAACAAUUUCUGCUCCUGGGAGAUGCAUAGGGAUUUCCUGUUGUCAUAGCUACCCGGUUCUUUGUCAUUGGUACAUUAGAGAAAGUGCAUAACCUGUGAAAUUAUGUACAUUUCUUGUCCAUUAUUUCUAAUUUUCUCCCUAUUAUAUUUAUCUAGGUUUGAGGUUCAUUAAAUGUACAUUAGAUAUUCAGUGAACAACCUAUAUUUUCUAAGCCUAAGUAGAAAGCUGGGCAAUUGUUUCCCAUUUUGAGAAGCGCUAUAAUUGAAAUCCUAAAGUUAAAGAAUAACCUGAUUGUGUAAAUCGGUACGAAGUAACUUUGUGGAACCAUAAUAUACAUUGUGUUUGUAACAAUUUAACAUUAGUGUACCUGUCAUGGUAGAUAUUAUAUAAAACGACAGAUGAGACAGUUUGUAGCAAAUGUAUAUAUUUUGUGCCUUUUUAUAUAAAAAAAUCAAAUAAAAACCUCUCACCUGUUAAGCAGUUCUCAAUCUAAACUAGUGAAUUUCCAAAGCACAGCUUUAUAAGUUGACUUGUGUAAAAGAGGGCUACAAGCAAAAUUCUCGCAGUUGCUGUUCUUCUUGCAACUACAGUGCUGUAUUCGCUGCCAGAGUAUAAAUUACAGCCAAUUUGACUUACUCAUUUUAAGUGGUAAUAUAAUUCUAGAUGGUUACAUGCCUCCUGUAAUGACAGUAACCAAACAUAAUAUACAAACUUCUCUAAAGUCUAGCAAUAUACUAGUAUUGUUAUAGUGUCAGAACUUUACUUUUAAAAUGGCCAAGGGUACAGUAUAAUCUAAAACUUUUAUAAUGAGCUGCUCAACUGUUUUGACAAAAUGAAAACAUUGCAUUUAUUAAUUUUAAAUUGUACACAGCAAUGUACCACUCCUCUAUUGAAAGGCACAUUUCUAAGGCAAACGUUGAGUAUCCACAAGGCUUCCUAACAUGCAAAGAAUGCUGUUUAUUCCAUGUUGAUUGAAAAUACAGUUCCAUAUAGAUCUGUUGAAUUGUUUACAUUUUACUCAACAGAAGAUAUCUUGAAAUCUUUUAGAUACCUUGUUCUUUUAUGUUCAGUUUCAUCCCUAAGGGCAUAGAAAGGGAAGUAUGCAAGGAAUGAAAAAUACCUCACUUACACAUUUAGCAAACUUGAUAAUAGUAAAUUCAAUAGAUGCUAUACAAUAACUUCUCCAGAUAUUAUAAACUUGAAUUUCAUAUAAAUGAUUUCGUUUUUCGUGAGGGGGGAGGUUUUAUAAGGAACUAGGGACACUAUAUAUAACAUUAGAAAUAGUUUUGUAUUCUUAACGCUAUAGUGUUCCUUUAUCCCCUUAAGGACCAAACUUCUGGAAUAAAAGGGAAUCAUGACAUGUCACACAUGUCAUGUGUCCUUAAGGGGUUAAGGGCUUUUUAACCCCUUAAAACCGGAGGACGUACAAUUACGCCCUCUAAUAGGCGGCUCUAAACGCCGCCGGGCGUAAUUGUACGCCCUCCGGUUUUUGUUAACUUACCCGGUCGCCGGCGGUCCCACGCCGGCGAUCGCGGUUGGGGGGACUCCCAGGGAGCCCCCCGCGGCACGUCCGUCCUCGUCGAAGCCCCCCGGCCAUGUGAGAGUGGGGUCCUAGCGAGGACCCCACAAUCACAUGGCCGGGGAUAGCUGGCUUCUGUAUUGCCGGCAGGGGGGCUGCCUGUAAUGACAGGUGGUCCCCCUGCUGGCUGAAAAUAAAAUAAAAAUAAGUUAAUGGUGUAAAAAAAAAAUUAUAUAUACUUAGAUCAUAUAUAUAUAUAUAUAUAUAUAUAUAUAUAUAUAUAUAUAUAUAUAUAUAUAUAUAUAUAUAUAUAUAUAUAUAUAUAUAUAUAUAUAUAUAUAUAUAUAUAUACACACAUACACCGUCUAGGUGUAUUUUACUAUAUAUAUAUAUAUAUAUAUCUCUAUCAAAUUACAUGUAGACUGAUACUGAUUAAAUAUAUAUAUAAUUAUUGUUAUAUAUAUAUUUAUAUAUAAUAUAAAAAAAAUAAAAAUGUAAAUACGUUAAAAAAUAAAAUUAAAAAAAUAAUUAAAAAUAAAUAAUUAAAAAAUAUAUAGAUGUGUGUUAUUUCGUUCUAACUGUUUUGUGAAAUAUAUAUAUAUAUAUAUAUAUAUAUAUAUCAAAAUACACGUAGAACGAAAUAUAUAUAUCUAUAUACAUAAAUAUAUACGUAUAUAUCACUAUAUAUAUAUACCUAUAUAUAAAUAAAAAUAUUUUAAAAAAUUAUAUAGAUAUAUACAUAUAUAUACACAUACGUAUAUAUAUACAUAUAUUAAUUCUACAUAUAUAUUUAUGUAAUAUUUUUACAUAAUUAGGUAUCUUAAUUAAUUACAAUUAGCAGGACCUGCCUGACAACCCAUGCCGAAAGUAAAGGGAAUUUAAUUUGCUAGCACUAUAUUUAACCCUAUAACUUUCCAAGACACCAUAAAACCUGUACAUGGGGGGUACUGUUCUACUCGGGAGACUUCGCUGAACACAAAUAUUAGUGUUUCAAAACAGUAAAAUGUAUUACAACGAUGAUAUCGCCAGUAAAAGUGACGUUUUUUGCAUUUUUCACGCACAAACAGCAUUACACGGACAAUAUUAUUGCUGUGAUACUUUUUACUGUUUUGAAACACAAAUAUUUGUGUUCAGCGAAGUCUCCCGAGUACAACAGUACCCCUCAUGUACAGGUUUUAUGGUGUUUUCAAAAGUUACAGCAUCAAAUAUAAGGCUUGCGUUUCAGUUUUUUCACAUUAAAAUUCGCCAGAUUGGUUAUGUUGCCUUCGAGACCCUAUGGUAGCCCAAGAAUGAAAAUUACCCCUAUGAUGGCAUACCAUUUGCAAUAGUAGACAACCCAAGGUAUUGCAAACAGGGUAUGUCCAGUCUUUUUUAGUAGCCACUUAGUCACAAACACUGGCCAAAAUUGGCAUUUUUUGCAUUUUUCACACAAACAGAUACUAACGCUAACUUUGGCCAGUGUUUGUGACCAAAUGGCUACUAAAAAAGACUGGACAUACCCCAUUUGCAAUACCUUGGGUUGUCUACUAUUGCAAAUGGUAUGCCAUUAUGGGUGUAAAUUUCAUUCCGGGCUACUAUACAGUCUCAAAGGCAACGUAACCAAUCUGGCGAAUUUCAAUUUCAAAUGUAACGUGCUAUAUUUGACCCUGUAACUUCCCAAAACGCCAUAAAACCUGUACAUAGGGGGUACUGUCUUACACGUGAGACUUUACUGAAUAUAAAUAUGUGUAUUUUAUUGCAGUAAAAGCAAACAGUAUUAUGACAUUGACCGUUAAAAUGUCAUGUAGAACUAAAAAAAUCCAAAAAAAACGUAUUUUCUCCCAUUUUUUUCAUAUUAAAUUAUGUUUCAUAGCUAAAUAUUUGAUAUUAAAUGAAAGCCCUGUUUCCCCUGAAUAAAAUGAUAUAUAAUAAGGGUGGGUGCAUUUACUAUGAAAGAGGUGUAUUACGGUUGGACAGACAUGUAGCGCAAAUGCCAGGUUUUGUUUACAUUUUGUUUUGUUCACAAUGUGUACAUUUGGCUCCGUCCUUAAGGGGUUAAAGGUCAUUAUUGCGGCAAACUGGCAAGUGGUAAGUAAAGCCUCAAUAUGAAUUAUUUUAGUGUACAAUGAAUGAGAGAGGCUCAUAUGGAUUUUGUUAUGCAUUGCACUGCAUGCUAGAGCAGUGGCUCCCAACUUUUUUUAAAUUAUUUUUUAAAACCUUCAUUUGUAACUUAUGGAUGUCACAUUAAUUUGAAGCCUAGAUAGAGUUGCAUACUUUUAUCCAAAAUGAUAUUUGUUUUAAUUAACUGCUAGAUAGGAACUUCAAGUGUGAUGCAAGCCUUUUAUUAAACCUGUUUUGAGGGCAGCGUUCAACGUAUUAUAGUCCUGAAAUAGGUUUGUUCGUGGCACACUUUCUGGCAACUUGAGGCCCAUGAGUGUAGCACACUGUUUGAAAACCUCUGUGCUCCAGAAAGCUGGAAGUAAAAGCUGAUUGGAAGAAGAGAAAAAUAACUCCCAAGGACCAUUCUUAAUGGUCAGACUGGAAGCAGCCAAUCAAUUGGAAAUACACAUAUGCAAGAAUACAUUUAAGGCACCCUGUCUGCACAUGCAGAUUUCCUAGAUCCAGGGCUGUAGAUAUCUCAAUGACUCAAGUGAUUUGCCCAAGCACCUAACCAGUCAGCACCAACUGUCUAAUGGCACCAUCGCUCCUACAUGCGCAUGUAGUAGUUAUGCCUAGACCUUUUUUUAAGGUAAGUUUAAAAAUAAAAGUAAAAUUGUAGUCACUUGCUGGCUAAUCUACCCUUUUAAAGAUUUUCUAGUGAUAGUGUGAUCAUAGUAUUCUGAAUUAGAACAGUGAGGCCAUUGUCCUAACACAGUGUUGCUCAAAACGGAUAUUCCCAGAUGUUCGAACACUACAGGUUCUAUGAUGCUUUGUCAUUCUAAAGGCAUGUAAAGCAUCAUGGGAGUUGUAGUUCUACAACAUCUGUGGAUCUACCUUUUCGGCACACAUGCACUAACGUUUAUUAUAACUGCUUGUGUGUAUGGUUUGCUCAUUGUAGAUCCCCGCAGAAUAUGUUGGUGCUUUAGAAAAGUAACCAUAAUAAGGAGAAACCUAAAAGAUUGAAACUCUGUCUCUCUAUGAUUGCAUACAGUCAGCAUGUUGGUGUCUUUUCAGGGCUAAAGAUUCAAGCGCGGUUUUUAAAAGCGCAUGCUUUGGUUCUCCCAUCAGACAUAUUGCUAGAAUAGUAAAAGCUUAUUAUACUCUUCUGUCACACUUAAGUAACCAUUGAAUCCCAUUACCGGAGAAACCGUUCUUAAUCUGUUUGCAUUAUGUCGAAUUAUCUUUGAUCUACCUUAUUGUUAAAGAGGAUGAAUGUUGGGCAUUCCUGGCUGGAACUUACCGUUCUUUUUAUCUUGUAAUACAUUAGAACAGUACUCAACAAAUCCCUGGGUGUCAGCCCGUUCAGCGGCUGCAGAUUGGAUGUGGGCAACGAAAGAGCUGUAAUCUUCCUGCUCCUUUUGCUCUACCCCUCACGUGCCCUGCAGUAAUGCCUGGACCCGGGAUAUGAUAGAACUCUGGCCUUGGCAUUACUAAACGUGUGUGAGGGAGCAGCAAGAUUAUACAUGCCACACUGGACUCUAGCUCUCUCAAAGGUAGGGAGGCUGAGUGGGCUUAAAAAAAAAAAUUAAAAAAAAAAAUAUUGUAAUUGUGAGAAAAUGUCUAAUUAAGCGGCCCCAUUCCGAUUGCAUUGGAAAUGUGGUUUUACUCACCUUUUUCCUGCUGGUAUCGAUGUGGUUGCCACCAUUGCUGAGAUAAUCUCGAUCUCAGCCAAGCCAGAGUUUUCUUAUAGGAAAGCACUGGGAGGCUUUUGUGCAUGCACGGCAAAAUGCUGCAUUGGGCAAAUUAGCAUCUCCUCAUACAGAUGCAUUGAAUUAAUCCAUCUCUAUGGGGAACAUUCAGAGCCUCCAUACAGAGGAUGGAGACGCUGAACGCCAGUGUUGCACAAUGUUGAGCACGGUACUAGGAAGCACCUUUUAGUGGUUGUCUGAGUGACUCACUAGAGAUGUUCUUGUUUAGCAAUGUCAACACUGCCUGAAUGUAGGUGCUGCACAUUAUGUAGCACUUAGAUAGGAAACACUAUAGUGACCAAUUUGAGUGAUGGCUACUAGAGGUGUUACUAGGCAGCAAUGUAAACACUGCAUUUUGUCUGAAAAGGUAUGGGUUACAUUGAAAAGCCUUCAGGGACAGGAUAUAGUCACCAGAACCACUACAUUAAGCUGUAGUAGUUCAGGUGACUAUAUAGUGUCCCUUUAAGAAUUGCACUUUUGUAGUUUUAAAAUAAAGCUUUGUUAGUUUUUUAAAAGAACCUGGCCUCUAACUUUUUAAUUUAUUAUAAAUCUGGCUCCUAGAAUCGAGGCAAAUUUGGCAACCCUGCAUUAGAAGAUACUUAAAAUAUAUGGAAAACGGUAAAUUUAAAAAAAUGAAAAUUUUCACAUGAGGUUCCUGUGUUUGCUCUAGAACUUUAAUUCUUUGCAGUUUUCACGGUAAGUUCUCUCCAAACCAGGAAUUGAUUCAGGCAAUCACAUUCACUUGAAGUAUUUCAUUAAGCUAUGUUUGUGAAGUACUCAUGCCAAUGCAAUCCAGAGAUACCAGAAGACAAAGUAGGGGCUACUUUGUCUUAUGGCAACAUCUGAGGUUGACAAAAGGCAGAGAGCACUGCUGUCAUCUUUUGUCCAGUCCCAGCAGCUGUCGCAAGUGAUGACUGUGGGAUUCAGGAAUCGUCUGACUCAUGAUCUGUUAAGGUGCUUGUAAGAUCCUUCAUUGAGGGUUCCCCGAAGAAAAUGGAAGCGAGUAAAUAGAUCAGGGGUGCCCAAAAGGUAGAUCCCCAGAUGGUUUAAAAUGAACUACCUUCCAUGAUGCUUUGUCAUUCUAAAGGCAUGCAAAGCAUCAUGGGAGAUGUAGUCCUACAACAAGGUGUGUACCUUUUGAGCACCCCUGAAGUAAAUCUACCUUCAACUUUACUCCAACCAGGGAUAUCACCUUUGGGAGUGUUUGCAAAAUAUGAAAGAUUCCAAAAGUGACAAAUGUGCUUUAAAAGGAUACUGCAUCUUAUUAUAGUAGUUUGUGUAAUGAGACUCGUGGGUUUAUUUUUGUUUGUUUUUUUAAUAUGCUUUUCAAAGGUUUUACAAUAAAGCAUAUGUAGUAUAUGAUCUAUAAACAGUGUCUUUAUUGUGUAUGAAAUAGUGUUGCAUGGAUGAGUUAAAAUUGGGCAUCAAUCUCAUUUUUUUUUCAGAGCUGAUACAGAUUCUGUUGCUUUUGGGCCAAUAACCAGUGCCAACUUUUUUUUAAAAUAUAUAACGCAUGACCCAAUUUCUACACAAAUCUGGCAUUAACAGAACAUGCUAACAGCAGUUAUACUCCUAUCACACUUAGGCAACCAGUACAUACUGUGAUUAGGGAGUUCCUAGCAUACACAGUGAUUCUGAUAGGACUGUGAUUGCUGACAACUCACACUGUCAGCCAGCUCAGUACAUUACAUAAUAUUCAUGCUCACCUCCCUGCCUUCAGUUGAGCUCCGCAUGCGAGGACUCGCAGGGAGCAGUGGCAUGAGGCCGCAACAAGGCACGUCAUGGGGUGAAGGCUCGAGAUUCUACAGGUGAAAGAUUGCGUUUUGAAACUAGGAGAGCUGAGUAAGUUAUUUUGUAAUAUUGUUAAAUUACAAGACCGAUACUGAUUAUCAGAAAUCUGCAGAAUAUUGGCUGUGAUAAUUGGCGGAACUGAUAAUUGGUCUAUGCUUAAUUUAAAUAAGGAUACUGGUGAAUGAAUUGUGGAUAAUUUUGUACUUUUUUUAUUUUUUAAUUAUUAUUUAUAAAGUAACGCUGUCUCUUGCUAGUCCUUGAUCCAUAAACCUGUUUUAUAAAUUAUGCAAAUAGGUUAAUAUUUUCCUCUAAACAAGUUAUAGAAACUUAGCUGGAAAUAAAAUCUAAUACAAAAAAAAUCAAGAAAAGGUGCUAAAAAAUUAAUACCAUAAAAAUACAAAUUAGUUUAACCCUUAAAGUAUUUAAAAGGUAAGCAAGCACUCAUAAAAGUGAAAAUAGCUCAAGAAAUGCCUAAUAAAAUAUAGUGGAAAAUAAGUGCGCUGUUCCUUUAAAUACUUCGAAAAGUGUAUGUGUGUGUGUGUGUAUAUAUAUAUAUAUAUAUAUAUAUAUUUGUGUAUUUCACUAAAAAAUAUAUAUAUAUAUAAUAUUUUCACACACACUCUGAAAGUGCAAGGCAGUGCACUAAGGUGCUCUAUUUAUACAGAUUUGUAUAAAAUAUUUACACACACAGAGUGUCGUCUUUUUUUUUUUUUUUGCAAACCUGCUAAUGGGCACCUUUAUCUUCGGUUUCCUGCUCCCAUGUUUGCCAGUUCACUAAUGGAAGCAGGAUCAGUUUUUCACAUAAAAGAUGAAUUAUCGAAUGGUAUUUAAUUUGCACUUUUAAGAAAUUUUGGGCUCUGCAGUUCACGUCUUAGAUGAAGAUAGCUAGAUUCCUUUUUAACAAAUGAAAAUGGCCAUGUAAUGACAUUCAAAGUUAGGCAUUACUCUAUUACAUCAUUGACUUGGCAUUUUCCUCCACUGCUUAUUGAUGUUUACCUAGAUCAGGGGUCAGCAACCUACGGAACGUGUGCCAAGCAUGGCACUCGAGGUGCCUCUGAACGGCACUCAAGGCUGUUAGAGCCAAACAGGCUCAGGCCUAUCGUCCUGGUGGGACUUCAGGUAUCUGCUAGUGCAAAAAGGUGGUGAGGGAUAAUCCACAAUUUACCGUACCAGCACUUGUGAACAGGAAUCCAUACUGGAGUAGAGCAGCCCCCACCAACCAUAACAGCUCCUGUCUUUAACCUGUACCUGGCCAACCUGGUCCCCCACUGAAUCCUAAAGAAGCCACACACUAAAUAUACACAGAACUGCAGAAUAAGCUUCCACGUCAUACAAAUAAUACUGACCGCCCACAAGCACACACGCAGUCCCCACAAACCUCACACACAGCCCCCAUACACAGCUUACAUUCAAAGGUAACGUACAAAAUACCACAAAUUACUCAUGAACAUACCUACAUGUGCACAAAUACAAUGUUACAAAGCUUCAGCCUCCAUAAAUAACAGAAGCAGAAUACGGCAACAUACACACCUGCAUUUAAAACAUUUAGGCCGGCACAUCAAAUUAUUGUUUUGGCACAGUACUAAUAAAAGGUUGCCUACCCCGAUCUAGAUCUACUAAUCAUGGAUAUGUGCUGUUGUAGUACAUAGAGCCUACUGUAACUUAUUUUUCUUUCUCUGUGAAUGAAAUUGCAUGUUCUGUUUGGCAGAUUCCUCAUCCUCUGGAUUCUCUUUAUUGAUGGUUGUAUUGACAUGUAUUUGUUAUAUAAACGUUCCUAUUUUUUUUUCUUCACUACAGCAGUGUCUCUAUUUUUAGAGGUACUUCUAGCAUAAUUAUAGUUCCAGCAAGACGUUUUGGAUUUGUUAAUUUUUGUCAUCUUCCUGUGACUGCCAGUGAGACACCUCCCCCAUUCUAAUUCUGAGUAACUUCCUCCACUGUCUAAGACUUUCUUCCUCAUGUUGUACAUUUUCAGCAAUGGAGCUUGUCUGUUGUUUUUUUUGGUCUGCCAAAAUGAUCUCCUAUGAGUGUGUGUGUGUGUGUGUGUGUAUGUAUGUGUAUGUAUAUAUGUAUAUAUGUGUGUAUAUAUAUAUAUAUAAUAUAUAUAUAUGUGUGUGUGUGUAUAUGUAUGUAUAUAUGUGUGUGUGUAUAUGUAUGUAUGUAUGUAUGUAUGUAUAUAUAUAUGUAUAUAUAUUACAAUGUUUAACAAAAAUCUCCACACCAGUCAAGCCAUAAGACUUGCUUUUCCCACAGAAAUCCCAACUCUGCAGUGAUGUUAUAACCACAAAGAAUUCUGGGUGGGCAUAUGCAAAUUAGUGUAACAAAGAAUCACAUUUUUGCCUCAUUCCAUUUUAAACAUGGAUUCCUUUUAAUCUGUGUUUGCAGUAUACAACUGCUUGGAACACAAUUUAGGAAAAGAUGCAUUAACUAUCCACAGACUUCAGGUGAAAGGGGUUUUCAAUCACAAUUUUUUCCCCACCAUAACCUCCCCGCCCAGCGCUAGAAAGAGGUAAGUUUUUACCCCUUUCCAGAGCCCGGCGGGUGGGGGCACCCUCAGGGCACUAUAGUGCCAGGAAAAUGAGUAUGUGUUUUCCUGGCACUAUAGUGGUCCUUUAACUAUCCACAAACUUCAGGUGGAAGGGGUUUUCAAUCACAAUUUUUCCCCACCAUAACCUAUUUGAAUUCUGAGAUAUGAUAUAAAAUAUAUAUAUAGUAUAUACAUUUUUUUUUUUUAAUUUUUUUUUUUAAGCUUAGUCCAAUCUAGGCACAUGGAUUCAGAGUUGCACAGGAGGCCCUUCUCUCCACUAAACGUUCUACAUCUCAAACAAGUCAAACCAAGUGACAUUCAGUGAGCAAUUUAAUCCUGAAAUAAAGAUUUCUCUAAAUGAAGUAAAUCUGUGGUGUCGAUAUUUGCACAGCAGUACAUACCUGUUUUCCCAGGAAGGUCAUGUAGCCUGAUUUGCUUAUCAGUGUAUAAUAUUGCGACAUCACCCAAGAGUGAUUGUGACAUUAUACUACCUCUACAUUUCAGACCUUGUAAAUGAUUUUCAGUUUAUCCAUACAUUGACUGGAGGACCUACAUUAGAUAACGAACAUGUUAUGUUCUGAGGACCCACAAACAUAUCCCACUACUGCUGGGCGGCAGCAAUUACUAUAGUACACAUCAGCUCCAAUAUAUACAUUUAAAAAAAAUAAAAGAGAGAGAGAGUUGCUUGCAGACUAUCCCAAAUCCCUAUGCACAUUUAAAUAACUGGAGGUUUUUAGUAUCACUCCAGUGGCCAUUAGGUGUAAGCUCAUCUGCCACGUCAAGGCAAACCUCUUACGUGAGUCCUGUUUACAAAUAUAUAUUUGUAAUAACAGAAGACGACAGUGUUUACUUGACUGGCCCCCACCUAAGGGAGGAAAAAGUACUUCCAUUUACCGCUGCUGGGAAAACAGGUAUGUACUGCUGUGCUAAUAUUAACACACCAGAUUCACUCCAUUUAGAUAGAUAGAUAUAUAUAUAUAUACAUAUAUAUACCGCCUGCUACUCUCGCCAUAUAUAUAUAUAUAAUAUAUAUAUAUAUAUAUAUAUAUAUAUAUAUAAUUUUUUUUUUUUUUAUACAAAAAUCAAAACUGGGGAUGCACUCACAGGACUUGCUUAAAGUGGGAAAAAAGGGACUUUUAAUUAUUCCAUGUGAAAUGUACAGAAAAAUCAAUUUUCCAUUCACAUGGAAUAAUUAAAGUCCCUUUUUUUCACUUUAACCAAGUCCUGUGAGUGCAUCCUCAGUUUUGAGUAGGUGCCACUUUUAAUUUACACAAUUGUGUUUUUUGAGUCUCCAACCAGAAAUCUAUACACCAACUUGGGACCAAAUAGUCUAUUAAUUAUUUGAAUUGUAACCCUUAGUAAAUCUCCCUAGUGGUAUGGACUAUUCUGUCUUUGUAUUUCUCCUCCGUCUUAAUUUCUUAGACUUGGGGUGGAGUCUAAGUGUCAGUCUCGACAGCUGCCACCAUUGACUGCUGCAGGGAAAUGGCUGUGACUUUGGAGGAUCCCACCUUAAAGGACCACUAUAGUGCCAGGAAAACAUACUCGUUUUCCUGGCACUAUAGUGCCCUGAGGGUGCCCCCACCCUCAGGGACCCCCUCCCGCCCGGCUCUGGGGAGAGGAAGGGGUUAAACACUUACCUUUCUCCAGCGCCGGGCGGUAGCUGUACUCCUCCUCUCCUCCUUGCUCGUGACGUCAUCGGCUGAAUGCGCAUGCGCGGCAGGAGCCGCGCGCGCAUUCAGCCGGUCGCAUAGGAAAGCAUUUACAAUGCUUUCCUAUGGACGCUUGCGUACUCUCACUGUGAUUUUCACAGUGAGAAGCACGCAAGCGCCUCUAGCGGCUGUCAAUGAGACAGCCACUAGUGGCUUUGGAGGCUGGAUUAACCCUCAGUAUAAACAUAGCAGUUUCUCUGAAACUGCUAUGUUUAUAAAAAAAAAAGGUGGUUAAUCCUAGAGGUACCUGGCACCCAGACCACUUCAUAAAGCUGAAGUGGUCUGGGUGCCUAGAGUGGUCCUUUAAUGCUGUACACUUGCUCAUGCGUGAGAGUACAGCAGUGACGUCUGCUGCGAAGAAGGCCAGAUCAAGAGGGCUGUGUCAGUGAGUGACAAGUUCAGUUAAAUAGAGCUCACCUUUACCUGCCACCGGACCCCCGUGGCAAUGUCACCAUUGGGCAUUUUUGCAAACUAAGCAGAGUCGCGACACUUUAAUAUAAUAACUUUCUAGUUCAUUUAUACUUUACCAAAAUAUUGGGGGGGGGGGAUACAGUUUUGAGUGUUAUGGAAUUUUGGAUUUUGAAAUACAGUACUAAUUCUGAACUUGUAUUUUAUGAGGGCAAAUGGCAUUUGUUACUUGCAGUAGUUUUUCCAGCAAAUGAAAUAAAAUUUAGAGACACCUGCUUGUGGUUAGUUGUAAGGAACCUAAUUGCAUUGUAAUACAACUUUCCAAAAUGCCACCAGAAUUGAGACUUAAUGCAGGCAUGAUGCCAACAUACAUAGUGCAGGUGCCUUGGUAAGUCUAGGAAUUUGUACUAUGUAGGGCAUAAGCAAAUUAUGCAUGCAGCUUUGCGGUAUGACUUGGAGUAUGCAGAGUCCUCUUGAAUGCAGUCCUGCAUGUUUUUUUUUUUUUAGGUUGGUGGGUUCCAGGCCCGGACUGGCCAUCGGGCAUACCGGGCAAAUGCCCGGUGGGCCGCGAUGGCCGUGGCCGGCAGGGAGAUCACAGGAUCGCCCCUGCAGGGCCAGCGCUAUGCGAGCGCCGGACCCGCUGUGUGCCUCCGUGGGCCGGUGGGGAGAUAAAAGAUCUCCCUCACCGGCCCACAGGCACUGUUACAGGCGGCCGCAGGCUGGGUGAGGGAGGGAGGCAGGAGUGAGGACCCGGCGGAGCUCUUACAAGCAGCUCCGCCCGGUCCUCUCGCGGGAUUCUGAGCGUUGCCGCGGUUACCGCGGCAACGCUCAGAUCUCGCGAGAGUGAACUCUAACCCGCAGGUUAGAGUUCACUCUCACCACUGGACCACCAGGGAAGGCAGCAUGGUCCCCCUCCUCCAUGGAUACCCGGCUCCCCACACCCACGCAGAACGGAUCUCCCCCCCUCCCAGGCUAAAGGUAAGAAGUGGGGGGACAUAACUUUUUUUUAAAAUUAUUAAUUAUAAUAAUAUUAUAAUUAUUAAUAAAAUAAAAAAUAUAUAUUUAAAAUAAUUUCCCUAACAGCCCCCCCAGACACACACAGCCCCCCAGACACACACAGCACCCCAGAGACACACAUAGCCCCCCACAGACAUACACAGCCCCCCACAGACACACACAGCGCACCCCCAGAUGCACACAACACCCUCAGACAGACAGCACCCUCACUCCCACACAUAUACAGCACAUAUAUUAUAUAAAAAAAACCCUCAGUGAGUUAACAGACAAAUAAAAUUAGAAACCCAGAAUGUGACGGCAGAUAAAAACACCCUCACACACAGCACCCCUCUUACACAAACACGCUGCGCACCUCACACAUACAAUACGUCCAAAUAUAUUUUAUAUAUAUAUAUAUAUAUAUAUAUAUAUAUAUAUAUAUAUACAAAAAUCUAAACUGACAGGACUUGGUUAAAGUGAAAAAAAGGGACUUUUAAUUAUUCCAUGUGAAAUGUACAGAAAAAUCAAUUUUCCAUUCACAUGGAAUAAUUAAAGUCCCUUUUUUUCACUUUAACCAAGUCCUGUGAGUGCAUCCUCAGUUUUGAUUUUUGUAUAUUUCUGACGUUUGGGAUAUAGCACCCAGGCUAUUAGUUCUUUCUUAUUACUUAAAGGAGAGUGCCAAGCAUCCUGUUUUAUUUAUAUAUAUAUAUAUAUAUACACACACAUACACUACAGCACCCCUCACACUGCACCACUACACACAUUACGCUCCAGAUACACGCUAGAUCCCUUACCCUAUAUGCACUCUUAAUCCUCUACACACACACACAAUCUUCUAUACACACUCUGGGUCCUUUACACACUAGAUCUCUUACACACACACUGCACCACCUACACACACACUACAUUCCUUGUAAGCAAACACAUACAACAUUCUCUAAACACACCCUCUCUACACACAGUAGUGUGUGUGUAUAAGUGACACACACUACGUCACCUAUACACACAUACUACUUCCCGUAUGCACACACUCGCUACAUCCCCUAUAACACUAUGCCCCUAUACAUGAACUCUGUACAGCCCCUAGCCACACAUAUUACACCACAAAAUUGACCUAUUUACACAAUACCACACCACACUCUACACACAGGCAAUCCCACAAGCAUGCGCCAAACACAUGCACCAUACACUUUCCUGGCCCUUUUGUCCUCUGGUAUCCCACUUGUGGAGACACCAGAGACAAUUUAAAAGCAAACACAGCGCAAGCAUGUUAUUACAUUUGCUUGUGCUGCGCAGAACAAAUACAGGGCCUUUUUCUAAUGCUAGAGCUCUUCAGCGGGGCUCUGCGCAUUGAACCAACAUGCUCACUUUCUCUGGCACCGCCCCCUUUUUGGGGGGCCGCUCUAAUUGAAAAAUGCCCGGGCCUAAUUUUUUUCCCAGUCCGGCCCUGGUGGGUUCCUAUACCAUAAGUCUUUGGCAGUGAAAUGUGAAAUCAGUGCUGGAAUGGUGGAGAAGAAAAGUAUGCAGUGCAAAGGAAGAAAUGUUUAGCUCAUGUAUACCCAGUAUUUGAAGAAGCAAAGAAAGUGAUAUACUUUAUUUUUUUAUUGUAUUUUUUUUUUUUUAAACCUAAGCUUUGUAUAUUGUUCGCUUGCCCUGAUGUAGUGAAAGAGGAAUAAGUUAGUACUAUAGCUUCAGCUAUUCCAGGCAUUUUCUUCACAAAUGCGGAAGUAAAGUUCGUGCUGUUGUGACAAAUUUGAAAUAGAUUCAGAUACUUCUGUAACCUUGUAACGACGAAAAGAACUCACACCAUUUUCUCCUCCCCUUGUAAGGACGAAGAUAAAACCUCAAAGCUCGGAUUUCCUGUAUGUUUAGGUGUUUGAAAAAACUGAAUUAUGCAUGUUUCCAAAGAAGGCUGUCCUUAAAUUUUUAUGAACAUUAGGUAUUGUCAGUCUUUCCCAUCCCCCUCCUAUUACAUUGCAUACAAGUCUGUAAUUCUUGUUCUGUGUUUGCACCAGUUUGUGUUGUAACCUGCCCAGAUAAGAAUCUUGUGGAAUUUCCAACCUCAGUUUACCUGAUAAGGAACUGAAAACACCCAUGUAUGACUGUGUAUUGAUUGCUGUGCCACAAAUUGGUUACUGGAGGAUCACUUACAUUUGUUGUCUAAUUAUCCAGUUUUUGAAAUAUCUGUACACAUUCUAAUUAAAAACAUGUGGCCCUUUUUUGGUCUUUGUUGCAAUGAUCUGACUUAUUAGAUAAGUGUUGGGACCACAUUUAUGUAGACUGUUUGUUUGUAAAUUGGUGGCUCAUUUUAGAUAUUUGAAAGAUUGAAAAAAUCAUUUCCAUUCCUCUGUAUUACUCUGGCAUUUAGUGUUAGACAUACUCGCGCUGCAAUGAAAAUCUGUGUUUAUACAAGGGAAAUAAUAAAACUGACAGUUCGCUGGGAGCUUUACAACGGGGACAUGGUGUAUGUAGAUUGAGACUGAAUAAACACCCGCCUAGAUUUUAUAACCAUAUACAAAGCUUUAAAGCGGCACUGUCAUGAUAAACUUGCCUUUCUCCGAUUGUUUAUUUUUCUCUUCCAGAAUUUUUGUUCUUUUCUUCCUAUUUGAUCUAGUUUUUCAUUAACACAUAAGACAAAGUAGGGACUACCUUUUGUAUAUUUGUGCAUGCACUCUAGACAUUUCUACAUACAUGUUGUAACAGAUCCCCUAUACUCCGACUGAGGAUAUCUGUUGAAGAGUCUCCCAGGUCCUAAAGUGAGGCAGUGAUUAUAACUCUAAGCUACCCAAAUAUCAGCCAAGAAUUGAUGAAGGGUACAAGAAUUGUUUUUAUUAUGGCCCAGUGGUCUAUUUAUAUACACCGACACCCAGCAUUGGGUCUCCAUUAAUUUGUACAGUAAACCCGCCCAGAUGCCUCUGUGCCUAGAAGAUAAGUGAGCUUGGUUUUGCUUAAACUAGUAAUCUCCCAGGCACUAGACAUACAAAAUAUAAAAACAAAAAAACACGCCAUAAUACAAACAAUAUCGAUAAGAACCCCCAAAGUAUUAUAUACCCAGAUAGCCUGGGUCUGAGCGCCCAAGUUGUCCAAAUAGUUCUCAGAUCCAUGGAUAUUAGCCGAAUUGCAACUGAGGUAACGUUUUGACCAGCCGCACACAUGGUCCCAUGCCCAAAACAGUUCCCGGGUGUCUGGUGCUUUGGCCGGUCACCUUUCAGGAGUUCCCAUUUGAAAACAAACAAACGUUUCCCCUGGCUUGUAGGUAGCGAAUGUUUGCCUAGUUCGUGCGAACAUUUUCUACUGAACAGCGUUCUCCUGCCUUGUCGGUAAUGGAAGCAGGCAUCGGUAAAAACUCACAAUGGUUCGCUCUUUGAAGUAUCAGACUUCGAGUUCCAGGCGCUCGACUACCAAGUGCAGCUGCCUGCGUAUGGGAGACAAGACUGCCGCCGUUUUCCAGAGCACCUGGUGUUCGGUUAUACGAACGGCAGCCACACAGAGAGAGCACUUAGGUUUGUAGUUAACAAGCCAGAAGGUGGUCUGUGUUUAGUAGGUUACAACUAUCGAAUGGAAGAAAAGUACUUUAGGUUCAGGGGAAUGUGGAAAAUAAACUCGGGGGAACUGUUCCUAGAAGCUGAGAAAUGAGUUCAUCACACAUUUUGAAGAUUUUGUGAAACAAUUUGUUGCUGCAGCAUAAGGUGUCACAGAGCAGGAUCGGUAUUAUGGCCUCUUUGUGUGUAAUUUUCUUGAGAAGCAAGGAUAGUACUGCAUUGAGGUGCUGAGUUUUAUUUUUUAUAAAAACAAGUGGGCUUGCCACUUGUGUAUUUUUAAUUUUCUAGUAAAUUUUACACCAUUGACCUCUAUGCUGACAAAAGCCUACUAGUUUAUAACCCUACCAAAAAAUAAAAAAAUAAACCGGCUUGUACACUAACGUGAGAAGUGCAUUUCAAAGAAAAGGAAACAAUAGCCGAGCUAGAACCGUUUCUCAGAGCCAAACGCCUCUCUGGCCAAUCAGCAUCUCAUAGAGAUGCAUUGAAUCAAUUCAGAUCAGUUCAGAUCUAUGAAGAAAUUGAAUUGUCUCCAUGCAGAGGGUGGAGACACUGGAUGUCAAUCACAUUGUGCAGCACUGCCCUAGUAAGUACCUCUAGAAGCCAUCUGAAGCAUGGUCACUAGAGUUAUCCCUAGGCUGUAAUGUAAACACUGUUCUCUAAAAAAAAAUUAAUAAAAAAAAAAAUAAUAAUUAAAAAUAAACGGUUUACUGUAAAAAGCCUGAAGGGAAUGAUCCUACUCACCAGAACAAAUACAAUAACCUGUAGUUGUUCUGAUGACUAGUGUCCCUUUAAUCACACACGGGAGGCUGAUGCUGAUUACUAAAACAGCAAGAUUUAAGAAGUUCUAAAACUUUGUAAUACAGGAAACUAACUUUUUUUAAGAAUUUUUUUUUUUAUUUUCAAGAUGUGUAUAAAGGAGGCUGUGUGAAUUUCAGCAGGGUAAGUUGUGGCUCGCCUCCCUAGAUAUAGUAAAAUCUUACUUGUAUUAAAGUCUGCAGCUUUUUGCUCUGCCCCUGAUCUGUCUGCUGACAUCAUCCGAAGUGAGGGUCUGAACCAAUCAUAAUGCUUCCCCCAUCGGAUUGGCUGAGCUUAUCGAGAAGGCAGAUCAGGGGCUUAGCUAGUCAAACACGGCCCUGGCCAAUCGGCAUCUCUGAAUGCGAACAUGCUAUAGUGUCCUGAGAUCUAUCUAGGUAAGUGUAGUUCUUCCGUCCCUAUGUGAGGGUAUAAUGGUUUUUCUUGUUGGAAGGUUAUUGUGCCUCCAUGGCAAAACACUGCGCUGCACCAAUCAAACGCUGCUCUAGGCAGUGUUUCACAUUGCACUCUUCAAAAUACUGGGGCACUGCACUCAGACCACUUCAUUGAGAAGAAGUGGUCAAAGUGCCUUUUGUGUCCCUUCACCUCCUAAAUGUCAGAGAAGUGAGACUGCAGGGGCAUGAGCUGUACAGCAAAACUAACUCAUUAAGCAAAAGUUGCUUGGAUGCUUGGUGUCCCUUAAACCAACUGCAUGGGUGAAGAUGGCUUUGUAUAUUUGCUGUGCAUUCACAUGUGUUGCUUUCAUCCUCAAUGCAGCACACACUACAAUAUUCCAAUUGCAUGGGUGCCUUUUAGACAGUCCAUUGGUACCAUUCGUUAGUGCUGUCUUUCCAUUAUCAGACCUAUAAUUCUGCAAUGCCAUGUAGUACUAUAAUGGAUAGUAGCAUAGGUCAUGCAUAAGUCAUUUUGAAACCUUACCCAUGUAUGUAAACUUUCAUGAAUGCUUCCUGUCAUUACAGUACUGCAGGGCUAAUUGUGCCUUUGCAUGUAAUAUCUGACAAGCUGUACUGUUUCCCACAUAUGUUGCCCACCCUAGUACUGCUUGUCUUAUUGAGCAGCGGAACAAAAAACAUUGCCAGACAAAAGCGCACAGUUUGUAGAUGGAAAGCACAAGCUGUUUGCUUUUUGGCUGAAAAUGUGUAAUACCACAUCUAUUUUGUUAGAUUUUCUUCCCCUUUUGCUGUGCAUGCUCUUGCUGUGCAUGACUCAAUAGGAAGUUAAACCACAAUGUUCUUAAGUCUAAAUAUGGUAUAUGAGCCAGUGUAUGUCACUGCUUCAUUGUUUCAGCUUUACUUCUCCUUGUAGAGCAAGGUGCCACCCACUGGUUGCUAUUGGAGUUGAACAUUGCAAUAGAAACAUAGAAUGUGACGGCAGAUAAGAACCAUUCGGCCCAUCCAGUCUGCCCAAUUUUCUAAAGACUUUCAUUAGUCCCUAGCCUUAUCUUAUAGUUAGGAUAGCCUUAUGCCUACCCCACACAUGCUUAAACUCCUUCACUGUGUUAACCUCUACCACUUCAGCUGGAAGGCUAUUCCAUGCAUCUGCUACCUUCUCAGCAAAGUAAUACUAACUGAUAUUUUUAAACCUUUGUCCCUCUAAUUUAAAACUGUCCUCUUGUUGUGGUAGUUUUUCUUUUUAAAUAUAGUCUCCUCCUUUACUGUGUUGAUUCCCUUUAUGUAUUUAAAUGUUUCUAUCAUAUCCCCCCUUUCUCAUCUUUCCUCCAAGCUAUACAUGUUAAGAUCCUUUAACCUUUCCUGGUAAGUUUUAUCCUGUAAUCCAUGAACCAGUUUUGUAGCACUUCUCUGAACUCUCUAAAGUAUCAAUAUCCUUCUGGAGAUACGGUCUCCAGUACUGCAUACAAUACUCCAAGUGAGGCCUCACCAGUGUUCUGUACUUCCCUCUUUCUACUGCUAAUACCUCUCCCUAUACAACCAAGCAUUCUGCUAGCAUUUCCUGCUGCUCUAUUACAUUGUCUGCCUACCUUUAAGUCAUCAGAAAUAAUCAUCCCGUAAUCCCUUUCCUCAGAUGUUGAGGUUAGGACUCUAUCAAAUAUCCUGUACUCCACCCUUGGGUUUUUACGUCCAAGAUGCAUUAUCUUUCACUUAUCCACAUUAAAUGUCAUUUGCCACAACUCUGACCAUUUUUCAUGUUUACCUAAAUCAUUUGGCAUUUGGCUUUUGGCUUAUCCCUCCUGGAACAUCAACCCUGUUGCAUAUCUUAGUAUCAGAAAAAAGACAUACCUUACCAUCAAGACCUUCUGCAAUAUCACUAAUAAAAGUAUUAAAGAGAAUGGGUCCAAGUACAGAUCCCGAAGGUACCCCAGUGGUGACAAGCCCAUGCUUCAAAUAUACUCUAUUGACUACAACCCUCUGUUGCCUGUCACUCAGCCACUGCCUUUCCCAUUCAAAAAUAUUGGAAUCCAAACUUAAAGAUUGCAAUUUAUUGAUAAGCCUUCUAUGUGCAACAGUGUCAAAAGCCUUACUGAAAUCUAGGUAAGCAAUGUCUACUCCACCACCGUGAUCUAUUAUUUUAGUAAUCCAAUCAAAAAAAUCAAUAAGAUUAGUCUGGCAUGAUCUCCUUGAAGUUAACCCAUGUUGUCUCUGUCUAUUUAAUUUUAGAUGUUCAACAAUCCUAUCCUUUAACAUGGUUUGCAUUACUUUCCCCACUACUAAAGUAAGGCUUACUGACCUAUACUUGCCCAACUCCUCCCUACUACCUUUCUUCUUAUUAUUAUUAUUAUGAUAUUUAUAGAGCGCUGUCAAAUUCCGCAGCGCUUUACAAUCGGUGGACGAACAGACGUAGUCGGAAACACAGGAACAGAGGGGUUGAGGGCCCUGCUCAAUGAGCUUACAUGCUAGAGGGAGUGGGGUAAAAUGACACAAAAAGGUAAGGAUAGUAUUAGACUAGUGGCAGUUGCAGAAGAGGAAUCAGUCAGGAGCUAUUAACAGUUUAAUUGAUACGCUUUUAUGAAGUGGGUUUUUAACGAUUUUUUGAAGGAGUGGAGACUGGGUGAGCAUCUAACGGAGGAGGGAAGCGAGUUCCACAGGAACGGUGCAGCCCUCGAGAAAUCUUGAAGGCGAGCAUCAGAGGUGGGAGUACGGACAGAAGAUAGGCGUAAGUCUUCAGCAGAUCGUAAGGGCCUAGACGGGACAUACUUGUGUAUAAGGGAGGAUAGAUAGGUGGGAGCAGCAUUAUGUAGAGAUUUGAAAGCAAGAACCAGAAUUUUAAAUUGAGCUCUAUAUUUUAUAGGAAGCCAAUGUAGGGACUGACAGAAGGGUGAGGCAUGGGAGGUGCAGGCGGACAGGAAGAUGAGCCUCGCCGCCGCAUUUAUUAUGGACUGUAACGGUGCUAGUUGGGAGCACGUAAGACCACUGAGAUGCGGAUUACAGUAGUCAAGGCGAGAAAGGACAGUGGAAUGGACCAACACCUUAGUCGCAUCUGUUGUUAAGUAGGGGCGGAUGCGCGCAAUGUUUUUGAGAUGGAAAUGACAGGAUUUGGCGAUAGAUUGAACAUGAGGGUGGAAGGAGAGGUCCGAGUCAAAGAGAACACCUAGGCAGCGAGCCUGCGUGGUGGAGCUGAUGGUAGCACCGUUGACUUGGAGGGAGACAGACACAGGAGUAACAACACUUGAGGGAGGAAAAAACUGAAUUUCAGUUUUGGUCAAGUUUAGUUUAAGGAAGUGGGCAGCCAUCCAGUUAGAAACAGUAGAGAGGCAGUCAGAGACGCUAGUCAAGAGGGACUGGUCAACAUUUGUUAACUUCCAAUCUUCUGGGACUACUCAUGUUAACAGUGAUUGGGUUAAAUACAUUUUUAGAAUUUAUUCACUAAAUAACAAAUAGCAUAUUGGGGGGAAAAAAUGAAAAUGUAGCCCAAAGCAGUAGCGGAGUUUGAAUUUUUGUUUUCAGUUCACUAAAAUCUGAAUGGAACAAUAAGACCAAAACUAGGGAGAGGGGUAUAUGGAUAUAUAUAAUAUAUGUAUGUAUAUAUAUAUGUAUGUAUGUAUGUAUGUAUGUGUGUAUAUAUAUAUAUAUAUAUAUAUAUAUAUAUAUAUAUAUAUAUAUAUAUAUAUAUAUAUAUAUAUAUAUAUAUAUAUAUAUAUUUAUUUUCACUCACUCACUCUCAGGACCGAAAGAUCCAUGGAGAACAAAAUCUAAUUUCCAUGUGUUCUGAAAUUAUUGAUUUUGUGUGUUCGUUUUUGUGAUGUUUGAAUGUCUGUGUUUAGCACAUGUAUAAAUAAUAAUUUGGAAUUCUGUGUCAGGACAGGUGUCCAAUAAUUUAAUUUAGAGGGUAGAUCAAAGUAAGACUUCUGUAGCUUUCAAAAUAUUAUGGUUGGUAUUCAGCCUGCAUGCAACCAGCUCAACAACCCUUCAUGUUGGCAAGCGUGUAUCCUGUCCUAUUGUUUUAUACCCCACCUUCUAUAGUCUGUAAGCUCGUUUGAGCAGGGUCCUCUUCAACCUAUCUUUCCUGUAAGUUUUCUUGUAAUUGUCCUAUAUAUAGUUAAAUUCCCCCCUCUCAUAAUAUUGUAAAGCGCUACGGAAUCUAUUGGCGCUAUAUAAAUGGUGGUAGUAAUAAUGAUAUAUGUAGAUGUGUUUGCAAAUGCAUGUGCUUUGAGAACAUUAAGGGAGGAAACUAAUAUCAGCACUAUUCACUUCUUUCUGUGACCUCUUGGGGAAAACGCUUUCUUGGGAAUUGAUCAUUCGAUCAAGUAUGAAUGAAAAUAGUGUAAAAGGACAGCAGCCUCACGCUUUAUUUUCAGCUUUUAAAAAAAGUUAAUGUAGAGAAAAAGUUGUAGAUAUUUAUGGUUAAAGACGGGCUGUCACCUUGGAAGUAAUGGACAUUUUUUUUUUUUUCCUGUUUUGCAACCCUCCACACUACCAGCACACACAAGGUCUAUUAUUUUAAUCAUGUGCAAAGGCUUGACUGGAGCAGGAUGGCAUACAGAGUAUUUUGGAAAUAUUUUCUUAGAAAAUAGAAGUGCAACCAAGAUUAUGGCAUUUUGACUUCCUCUACCUACCCCACAAUCUGGGUAAGGUAAAGCAAAUAUGUUGCCAGCAAAAAAAGAGUUUCUCCUUAAGGAUCCACGAUGUGUACUGUGGCUAUGUUCUGGUUAGCCAUUGUUUGAGAUGAUACAGAUAUGGGGUUUGAUUCUAGGUUGUCAGUUUGUUUUUUGGGGGUUUUGUUUUAACUUCUUGUGUUUCAAGAUCCAGAACAUAUCAUGUAUUGUAGCAGAUGCAAAAAGGAAUUUAAGCGAUUACUCCAAGGACCAUGACUACUUCAGUGAUUUGAAGUUGUUGUGGUGCCUGGGGCAUCAUUAAGAAGCCAGGAACAGGAGCUCCAGGUGGCAAAUGUGAAUUCCAUCCCAAAUUGGCGUCUAACGCCAGCACACACAGCAUGGAGCUGUGAUGUCAGAGGAAUAAGAUUAGGCUGCUGAGAGCGCUAGGCCUUGGUUCUGGAACUUUUUUUUUUUUUUUUAAAUAAAGGAAUGGGGGCCAUAUAGAAAGGGUUACACUGCCCAAAAACAUUGUUUGUUUGAAACCCUGUUUUAUGGUGGUAGUAACCCCUUAAUGUUUACAUGUACAAUUAAGUAUAUUCUCUGUUUGCUAUUUUAUGUAUAAAUAUCAACUUAAAGGUAGAAAAAAAGUAUUCAAUCAAGUAAUUGGUGUUGGUUAUGACUGGGUGAUGCAUAAUGUAAAUGCUUAAUUUUUCAGAUACCGCUAGGAGAGCCACUGUGAUAAGUUGAAGUAGUUAUUGUUUAUUGUAGUGUUCUUUUUAAAUAACGAAAAACAAAAAAUUAAAACUGAAUUCUAGAACAGAUAAUCAACAUGACAUUCACUGCUCCAGAUAUCUGCUCAGGUGUUGUUUGUAGAACUUUGUGUUGAUCACGUGUAUUGUCUUUCUUUUUAUCCUAGUUUGUGAAAUGUGGUUAUGCUGGCUCCAACUUUCCAGAGCACAUCUUCCCAGCUUUGGUUGGGAGACCUGUCAUCCGGUCUACAGCGAAAGUGGGAAAUAUCGAGAUCAAGGUAAUAUCCCCAAACCAGUCUCGGACACACCUGCAAUAAGCAGCACUUGUGACUUUCUUUGUAAUCAUACUGGGUUAAAGAGCAUAUCUUUAAGAACUUAUAUUUAACUAUGAUUUUUUAUUUUUAUUUUAUAGUGGAAUGUUUUGGAAGUGGUGAAAGCUGAAAUUUAAGAGCUAUUUGUAUAAAGAUAUUCAGGAGCUAACUUUCCUGCUGAGAUUUAUUUUAUUUUUUUCCCCUCCACAUUCAGAACUAUGUCCCUGAAUUACUCUUUACAUAUAUCUCACUACAUGUCAGCUGUCACAUAACUAGGGGUACUUAAAAUGCUGCAACAGGCUUGCUGAUUUCAGAGUGCAAUCCCACUCUGAGAGGGGGACGUUGGUGAGUGUGGGGGGUCUGUGUUUAUCUAAUGUGUUAAUUUUCACAUGCCUGAAUUGAACUGUCAUUCAUACCCUUUGUUUUGACAGGUUGACCAGAUAUACAGUUGCCCCUAUAUGAUAGUUUAGUUUCCUGUUUUUGUUUAAGUAGGUAUAUACAUGUAAGCUAGCAAUGUUCUUAUGGCACUUUUUUUUUCCCUUUUGUCCCUGUGUUUUUGUUUUUUUAUAAUUGUAAAUAGAAUAGAAAAAAAAUGGUAAGUACCUACCAUUUGUGGGGUUUGUGCAUCUUUUGUGUGAUGAUACAUACCAGUUUUUUUUCCCCCCUGCUUGGUGUUUUGUUACAUUACUGUGUUCUACUUGCUCCUGCACGUUUACUGAACUGGGCGCAGCGUGUCGUAUUAACAACUUCAGACUGGAAAGGCAAGCCAAGACAGAGUUCAGUAAAAUGUAUAGAAACGUGCAAUCUACAAACCGUGUGUAUAGAAUGAAGUACUCCUAGACAAAGUACACUAGGAAAUGCCGGAUAUAUUCAACCUAAAACUUGCUGUUGCCAAGGCAAUAGCUAAUUGCAACUUGGGGGGGGUGGGGUUUCUCAUGCAAAAAUCCCCUUGGAAGCCACUUGUUCAGUAUCUUUAAAUAUCUGACAACUUGAUAACCAUGGCAACAUUUGUGCACUUUAGAUUUAGCUAUAGGUUGGAGGAGGAAACUGAGGGGGGGAAUAGGUUGCAGUGGCAGAAUCUGUUGGAAGCACCAUGUUUCCUGAAUUUGCGCGUAAUGCAAAGUAGUUCUUAACUAUAUAAUAUAUAAAUUUUCCGGAGCAAUUUCAAAUAUUUUCUUUUUAAAAUUCCAAAGUGAAAAUGCUGCUUUCAUGGGCAGUAUUGAUGCCAGCUCUUACAAUUUCUCUUUAGAAUGGCCCUAUUUACAUUAAUAAAAAUAUGAAUUGGAAUAGAAAUAUUAAUUAUGUAUUGGCUUAAUUAGGGUGAAAUGUUCUUACCUUAAUGGAACAGAUUGAAAGCUUUAUUUGUGUAACUGCAUCUUUUUGUUUCUCAAACAUGGAUACAAAUGGACAGUAGAACGGUCAUAGCUUUGAAUCUUUUUUUUUUUUUUUUUCUUUAUAUCUUCUCCUUUGCUUGGAAUACUAUAUAGCAUGGAGAUGAUGGCUAUUACAUGGGAUCCAUAAGAACCAGUGGUGUAUUUUGGAUUUGUGCUGCCCUAGGCACGACUAAGUUUGGGCACCCACAAAAUCUAAAUUUGACCUCCCCCAAUUCGUGUCAAGGCCAUUUUUUUGAUUUUCAGACACAUGCCCUCAUUGAUACAUGCACUGAUAUACACUCACUGACAGAUACAGUCAUUGGCACACACUGUUUAACCAACACACACUUUCACUGACAGACACACAGACACACCCACUCACUGACAGGCACACACUCUCAGAUACACAUAAAAUGACAUACACACUCACAGGCACACCCAUUCUCACUCAGACACACACUGACAGCUAUACUCACUCACUCACAGUAAGGUGGACAGCCCCAGAACACGAGGCAAACAAGACAUUUGUCUGGGAGCUUGGGGUGGCUUUUGUUUGGUGCCCCCCUCAAUCCCCCCCCGAAAGUGUCGCCCUAGGCAAAUGCCUUGUUUGCCGUGUGGUAAAUACAUCCCUGCUAAGAACUAGAAUUGAAAGAUAACAUUUGUCCUUUUACUGCUUGUUGAUUAAAGGGACUGUACAUUACCAAUAAAACUAAUGCAUGUAAUGCACAAUUCUUUCUGAUACAAUGCUGCACUAUAAGUCUCCUUGCUUAGCCACGCCCCUUCAUGCCCAAAAUACUUCUGAAAGGUAAGCAUACAGUUUCUGCCCCCAACAGCACCGAGUGCGCUGCUUUCAAUUCACAACCUGGCUGCAGACAGUCAAACUAUAAACAGGUAAUGAUAUCCUUACUAUGUCUCCCUGGGUGUUCUCUCCUUCUAAUGAUGUUUGUUUUGUUGUUCAUAUCACUCGCUGCUGUCAGUGGCUGAGCUGUGUGCAUACUUUUGAGAAGUAUGUAUUUUUCUGGUAUGAACGGUAUGUGGCUAAAGAGGCGGGCUUCUGGUGUAAGAUUCUAAAUUUUAUUUAUUUUUAGCAAAAUAAAGAUGUAAGUAUGCAAUAAAAAUACAGCAUAUUAAUAAUGCCAAAACCAUUAGAGCUGCAAUGUCACAACUUUUUUUUUUAUAUAAUUUGUUUUGUUAUAUAUAUUUUUUCCCCCUCAAUAUCUACCAUUACAUUUUUUUAAAAUUUUUUUUGUGCACACAAGUCCGCCCAUCCCCCACCCCCCCCCCUUCCCUUUACCUUUUUUAUUUUUCAAUAUAAUAUUUAGAUGGAUCAUCUUCUCAGCCGCUGCCAGGUCCCUUACCCUGGCAUUGACUUUGCAUCUCUGUCUUAUACCUUCCUCGUCUUGUGGAGAAUCUCAGAUCUCACACGUGCUGACUGUCCCUCUAAUUCAGUGGUAAUGGGAGACUCAAGAAAUGUAAGGCCAAGAGAUACAAUGGGCAGUUAUGUACUCUAGGGCAUUUUGUCUUGACAGAAAAGGAAGUGGAGCUUGCCUUCUAGGGACACUGUAGGCACUAUAACCUUUUCAUCUCAUUGAAUUGGUUAUAGUGCCUGGAGUCCCCUGGUAAUGUUCCUUCAAAUAAGAUGUCUGCUGGAUGAUGAUGCAGGAGAAUUAGAGUGCAAGUCGAAGCACUGGGGGAAAAGUAAAAUAUACAUUUAUUUUUUUCCCCUUUUCAAGGGGGGGCCUAUAUCUAGACAGCGUGGAGACACUGUGUUGUUAACAAUAUGUGUUUGUAUUCCAAAUUCUUCAGUGUUUCUUUAAAAAAAAAAAUAAAAAAAAUUUCAAUGCUGAAUUGAAGGACACCACCAGGGGAGUCUCCAUACGCCAUUACAAAUUCGAGAUGCAGCUGUUAUGGUGUCUAUAGUAUCCCUUUAAACUCUACCCUUCUGUCUUGCAGAGGAAAAUACACAAGGGAUCGUAGGAUCACUAUUCCUUAUGUAUAAAAAAAAUAAAAAGAUUUGAGGGACAAGAAGAAUGAAUUAAGGAAAAUUGAGUUUCAGGAGACAGAGCAGUUUUAAAGAAAUACUAUACGGUCAGAAAAACAAACCUGUAUUCCUGACCCUAUAGUGUUAAAACCACCAUCUAGCCCCCUUAAAUAUAGUAAAAUCUUGCUUGUUUUAAAGGCUGCUGCUGCUGGCUCUGCCCCUGAGUUGCCUGCAUGCCUGAGAUAAUCAGAAGUGAUUCUGUGAGCCCAUCACAAUGCUUUCCCAUAGGAUUGGCUGAGACUGUCAAGAUGGCAGAUCAGGGGCAGAGCAUGCACAAGUCAAACACGACUCUGGCCAAUCAGCAUCUCCUUAUUGAGACCCAUAGAAUCAAUGCAUCUCUGAGGAAAUUUCAGUGUCUCCAUGCAGAGGGUGGAGACACUGAAUAGCAGUACUGUACAGUGUGCAGCAUUGCCCCAGGAAGCACCUCUAUUAGGCAUCUGAGGAGUGGCCAGUGGAGGUAUCACUAGGCUGUAAUGUAAACACUGCGUUUUCUAAGAAAUUACUGUGUUCACUGCAAAAACCUGAAGGGAAUAAUUACAUUCACCAGAACAGAUACAAUAAGCUGUAGUUGCUCUGGUGACUAUAGUGCCUUUUUAAAAUUGUGUUAGUGCUCGGAGUGUACCUUUAUAAUAUAUCAGGUUUUUUUUCUGCCACACAUCUGACUGCAUUUUUAGGGGGUAUAUGGAAGAGUCAAGCACUGAGCCAAAGGAUGUGGAAGAUGUUUCUUCUGAUCCAUCAGUCCCCGUCCCUCCACCCCAACCCCCCGUUAUCUCCCCAUUUCAUUAAAAGUUAAUGGCCAGUUACAAGGCUUUUUGGUUCCAUUCUAUAAUGAAUGGUUUGGGUUUUUUUUGGUUUCCUUGAGACAGAUGCAACUUGGAUUUACGGAUUUCCGAAAUUCACAACAGGUUUUGCAACCUCUGGAAGAAGUUGUGCUGAGCAAUUUGGUUUACUUCAUGCAUAUGUGUGUUUCCAGUGAACAGAUAAAAAUAUAUAUAUGUGUGUAUAUAUAUAUAUGUGUAUAUAUAUAUAUAUAUAUGUGUAUGUUUAUGUGUAACGGAGCCUGUGUGUUGGCCUUCACGUGUAAUCUAUCUCUGUAAGUCUGGACAAAAUACUCAUUAUACCAGUUUAACCAAAACAUUAAUAGCACUUAAGCAAUAAGGUAACGCAACAUAUAAAUAAAAUUGUACCCCUGUAAUACAUGAUUUAAAGGCUGGACACAAUGUAUUAGGAAACCAGUAAAUUAACAUUAUAUAUUUAAGCGUCCUGCACAUGUUCAUUUACUAGGCAGAUGAUAAAAGAAUUUACUUGAACACUAUUUCCUGUUGGGAAAGACUGUUUGCAGCCUUUAAAUGAAUACACGAAGCACCAUAUUCACUCCAGUUUUCUGGCUCUGUCCCACAAUUAAGAGUCAAUAGGGGAUCAAGGGACCCCCUCCGGGUGCAAGGAUUUUUGGCUACUACUGCUCUUCUUCCCCUUCUUUGUGCCGUACUCCCAUAUAUUAAGAUGCCGCCCAUCAUCCAGAAUGGCUGUGUCCCCACAGAGCCUCCUAACAGGGCUAGAUUUACUUUUAAGGGAUUUGUGCAACCAAAAAACAUUUUAAUUUUUUUAAAAUACUGUUUUUGGAUACAGUAAUCCUUGCUGGCAUGCCUCCCAUCUGGUGGGGAUAUGGGGGCUAUGGUGGGUGCAGGUGGAGGGUGUGGGGACAGUAGAAUACAUCUAGAAGAGCUUACCUGUACCGUGUGCCAGGCUGCUGCUCCUUUUCUUCCAGGUGCUAUGCAGAAGAGGACUGGACCUGACAUAACCCCCCGGGCCCCGCCUCUUCCUCCUCACACAGAGGGAGAACCCCUGAGUGAGGGGAGGUGGUCACUUACAGUGCGAUAGGUUGCAAGGGGCCCUGCAAUCUAUCGCUGUAAUGUGAUUAAUUCAUGAUUUCUGGCUGGGGGUGAUCGAAGAUCUGUUCAGCCUGACUGGUUCGAGCCCUCAGCCCAUGACUGAUCUGCCCAAGUGGUCAGUCCACUCCUGACUGUCAUACUAUUUUUAUUUUUUUAGUUUAAAGGUUCUUUUUAAUAAAAGAAGUGUUUUAGUAAACUGGUUAACGACCAGGUGCCCUCUUAAAUGCAGUUUAAAGACAUGUCAAGUAUUUGGAGCGCACAUCUGACCUCCAUAACUUGCAUCAGGAAUGUAGGCGCACGGACUUUCAACUUUUAUGUAUUUGAAGACGCAUGUUAACACAACUACUCCAAACUAUUGUGUUGAGGAAACCGUAACUUCGCUUACAUUGCUGUAAAAUAUUUGCCUGCUCUUUAAAUCCAUUGUAGUCACUAACAUACACUUUAACAUGUUUGAGCAGUUUAUUGGCAAACCGCAUGCAUAUUUUCCAAAAUGUAUGCCAUAUUAAUGCUGAAUUGUACCAAGGUGUUUUUUUUAUUUUUUUAUUAAGAAGUAAAAAUGUCAAUGACAAGUUACAUGAAAUAAAUGCAAAGAGUCUAAACGUUGCUUUUUCUACAGAGCCUUAUUUUCAAGCAGAUAUGUGUUGGGGAUGGAUAUGGAUAUAUAUACAUUUUUUACACACACCGCCACCCCUGAUUUCCUGAAGGGAUCAGGAGUAUGAUUUACUGCAGUAACUAAUAUUAGUGGAGUGCUUCUUUCAUAUAGUAUCUUUUUUUUUUUUUGACAGUGAAAUUGCCGAUUAUGUGUCCUGUAGCACUAACCGUAAAUAAGUCUGUUGUGAUGAAUUCAGAGGCUGCGUAUCUCAUCUGUGACUAUUAUACAUUUUUAGGAUCUAAUGGUUGGAGAUGAAGCAAGUGAAUUACGUUCAAUGCUUGAGGUGAACUAUCCCAUGGAAAAUGGCAUAGUGCGGAACUGGGACGACAUGAAACACCUCUGGGACUACACAUUUGGUCCUGAAAAAUUGAACAUAGACACCAGAGACUGUAAAAUUCUACUCACAGAGCCCCCCAUGAACCCAACUAAAAACCGUGAAAAGAUUGUGGAGGUGAGUUUCAAUCCAUCCAUAUGUAGCACAAAAAUAGUAUACUGCUUGUUCCCUCCUUAUGUUCUAAUAGUACCGCGCGCUUAAAGCCAAAAUAAAGAAGCCAUGUGAAAAACCAAGUACACCUUAUGAUUCAAUAGCUUAUAGAACAACCUUGAGCAACAAUAACUUGAAUAAAAAAUGUUUUUAAUGACUUUAUCAGUCUCUCGUUGUGGAGGAAUUUUGGCCCACUCUUUUUUGCAACAUUGCUUCAUUUCAUUGAGGUUUGCUGGUAUUGUUUAUGAACAGCUCUUUUAAGGUCCUGCACCAGCACUUCAAUCGGUUUAAGAUCUGGACAUUGACUGACUGGUCCAUUGCAACACCUUUAUUCUUUUAUUUUUCAGCUAUUCUGUUGCAGAUUUCCUGGUAUGCUUGGAAUAUUGUCCUGUUGCGUGACCUAAUUUUGGCCAAACUUUAGCUAACAAGCAGGUGGCCUCACAUUUAACACUAGAAUACUUUGGUUCAAUGACUGUAAGGUUCCGAGGUCCUGUGGCUGCAAACAAGCCCAAAAUAUUACUACUACUAGUACUAGUGGCUGUCAGGAAAACAGAGUUAAACUCUAUUCUCAACCCAAUGUUACUCAGCUUUUGGUUGCUCAUGCUCACUAGUCUUUCAGUGUAUUGGAUUUGCUGAGAUCAUUGGGUCAGAUAAUGAUUUGAACAAUGGUGCAUAAAGAUGGCAGUCAAAAAGAUGGACUGGGAAAAGGUGGGCAAGUGAUUGCAUCCUAAAUUUGACCUAAAAAUGAUAGUGUAACAAAGAUUAUUCUAAUGUUAAAUGUUGAGUGUUCCUUUAAAUUGAAUCUCAAACAUUCUUCCCUCAGUGACUUUUCCCUAUAAAUAGUGCAGGACCACUCUAGAGAAUUAAAACAAUUACUGUAUUAGCGGCUCUUACCACAGAUUAGGAUUCUCAGAUGAGUUAUAUAUUCAGACUGUUCAUCACUAUUCAUCUGAUUACCACAAAACACACGCUACAUUUACUUCACUGAAAGAUCAUAAUAUACACAGAUGAAUUCGCUGUACUGUAAAAGUUUAACUUUCUCUUCAGUUGAAGUUAGUUCUUGUGGGUGAAUUAUCAAUUUAUUUUAUUUUAGAUCUGUUUUUGUCUGUCUGUCCUAAUCUUAUCUGUCUUACCCUGAAGUGACACCUCUUUUGCUUCCAAGUACUACUGCACAUUCCAUCGCUGGUAUUUCUAAAGGAGAUAGCCGGUAUUUCUAAAGGAGAUAGCCGGUAUUUCUAAAGGAGAUAGCCGGUAUUUCUAAAGGAGAUAGCCGGUAUUUCUAAAGGAGAUAGCCGGUAUUUCUAAAGGAGAUAGCAUUAAAACUUCCAGAAAUCCCUGGUUUGUGCUUAAAGCUUGGAGGAUAAGCUCUCAGAAGUGCUAUGAAAAGUGAUCUGUAUAUAUGGCUGAGUGCUCACUUCAGAUCCUACACAGCUUUAUGAUUAUCCUUUAUUUUAAUUUGUGUAAUGAACUAAAAAUAGGAUGAAUGCAACCUAGGAUGUCACUUUAAUUUUUUGCCUAUGCGGUUAACCAUGCUAAUGAAAUUACUUUAAUUUUUUUUUUUUUAUUCUAGGUUAUGUUCGAGACAUACCAAUUCUCUGGUGUUUAUAUUGCUAUUCAGGCUGUUCUUACAUUAUAUGCACAAGGUGAGUAACUUAACACCGUGAAAGGGAAGAAUAAAAAGUAGAUCUCUUUCCAUGAAGUGUAGAGGACGGCUCUGAGUCGGUCGUGGCAGGUGUCACUAGGGGUGUAUAAAUCACAUGAUGUUAUUCUUUUAGUGGCAGAGAAUUGAGCAAUGAGAGUGCAGGGGCAUUAGAUAUAUACAUCUCUAUCAAAACAAUUUAAUUAAGUUUGUUGUUUUGUUGCUUGGUAUCCCUUAAGUUACCCUGUUUGAAGUAAAUCCUCGCACUAUCCUAGUAUCACUUGAUACUCAACUGAUGCCCUUAGCUUAUAGCUGCUGCCCCAGUCUGAAUGGACUUUAUUAUUCUGAUUCAGAAUUGGAAAAGGGCUUGCAGCCCUCUAGCACCUUUACCACUGUAAUGGCCUGCAGGCCUCCCAUCCAUACUGAUUUUCAAAGGGACCGUUAUGAUUUUCGGUUGCUGUCCUUACUUUGGAUCCUGUUGUCCUGCUUUUUAUGAACACUAAGAAACUGCCCCCAAAGAGUGUCCAGCUAUUCUGGAUGACCCAAGUGGGAUAUGGGAAUGCAGUGGUUUGAUGUUUACACUGCUCAUAUGACCGUGCUGGCAGGUGAUCUAAGGGUGCCACAGAAAUUAUUGCCUUCUCCUGCGAUACCUCUUCUGGACCAGGCUAAUAUAAAGGUUGUGGGGUGGACGAAGGGGUGUUAACUUUACAAACUCUUAAUUUUUGCAACAAAUCUUCAGUUUCGUAUUUUCUGUGUUAGAAAUGUUGUGCAUACUAAUGAUCUUUUGCCAUUCUUACAGGGUUAUUGACUGGGGUAGUUGUGGACUCUGGAGAUGGUGUCACUCAUAUUUGCCCAGUGUAUGAAGGUUUCUCUUUGCCUCACCUCACCCGAAGAUUAGACAUUGCUGGCAGGGAUAUCACCCGUUAUCUUAUCAAGGUAAAUAUAUUCAUGCAGUGUGUACAGUAACCUGUACCUGUGGAGGGACAAGUUUUGGAUUUUCCAGUACAGCCCUAUUCACAUAUUCUACCAUUCAUAUGAUAACCUAGUACAGGGCUUGACAAAUGGGAUUUGUCAGCCUUUUACUUCAAGUGGCCAGCUGGGCAAACAAUGGAGCCGGCCGACUGCCCGUGGGAGCAUGGAGGCGACUGGCUCAGGGAGCAUUGGAGCCGGCCGCCCUGGGCUGUAUGGAGGGGGGAAUGUGUGUGUGUGUCGGGGGGAGGGGUUGAGAGAGGGUGUCGUCGAUUGGGGGUAGGUACCUGCCCCUCUCCAAUUACAUGAUUGGUCUUUUUGUGUACCUUUUUUUGUCAAGCCCUGACCUAGUAAUACACUUCUAAAGUAUUGCCUAAACCUAGGUUGACUUUAGUCAUUUGUAAGUUCUAUAGCACCAUCUUGUGGUUAGAAUUUGAACUUCAAUGCUCAGAAUGUCUCCCUUUCGGAAUCCUGAUAAUGUAAUUUUUACCAUAAGUAAUUUUUUUUAUUUUUGUAAAUAUGUAAAAAGCAUAGACCACUAGGAAACUUUUGAAUGAUUGCACAAAUGAUCUGGACCAAGUAUGUCUGUAAGAGAUGUUUGUAACCAAAUACCUUUAAUUGUAUCCCAUUAUCAAGCUCCUCAAUCAUGAACUUUUCCUAUUUACUGCCUUUAUAGCCAGAUAAUAAACUGAUGCUUAUGCAGCUAAUUGGCUUCAGUUGAAUCACCCUUGUGACUGCAUGGUUGGGGUGAAUAUAUCUGGAAUGUUAAUCAACAAAUGUUUUUGAAAAUAAUAAAAUAAGCUUCACGCUGAACUUUGCGUAGGAACCAAUGCUAAAUAACCAGUCACAUUGUAAUUUCCACAGUUACUUUUAUUGAGAGGAUAUGCUUUUAAUCACUCUGCUGAUUUCGAGACUGUUCGCAUGAUCAAGGAGAAGUUGUGUUAUGUAGGAUACAACAUUGAACAGGAGCAAAAACUAGCUCUGGAAACGACAGUCCUUGUUGAGUCUUACACGGUGAGUUUCAUCGAAGAUUCUAAAUUCUUCAUUUUGGCAACUGAGCGAACAAAAAUUCAAGUUUUCAAAUAUUUCCAAAUGCUGUUUUCAAAAGUAAACUCUGCUUUAUCACAUUAGAAUUUCUGCAUUGGACUACUUGUCAUCUGUCCAUAUGUCCAUUUUUGAAGUGGUUAUGCAGUCUGGAUGAUGUCACUACAGCCCAACAGAUUAAUUUAAUUUCACUGUGACAAAACAAGACUCGAAAUUACACUACUACAUAUAGAAAGACUUACUAUGCUAUCAGGGCCCUAAAGUGUAAUUCCUAGCUUUCGGGCUGACAGGACUUGUAGGCAGAGUUUGGGGUUUGGAGGUUUAAAGCCCCGUUUUGCCAUAAUGAAGUAGAAUUCAGUUGAAAGGUUGCAGAGAUAGUGUAUUGGCAUCAUGACAACGCCAAACUGAAGUGGUUAUGGUUCAUAGAGGUCCUCCAUUAAAGUACAUUAAUUUCCUUUUGAAAAAAAAGUGGAAUACAUAAUUUGUACUUCUGGCUGUUUCCUAGGAAGAGUAUUUUAUUAGGGCUUUUUUCUUGUGAUUUAAAAAACAUUGCAAGCACCAUAAUCCGUACAGCCCUGCAUGUGUAUAAUUCUUUAUGCUGCCCCAUUGAUAAUGGUGCUAUAUUAAAUGGAAAUAAGCCAUGUUUCUGCUUGUAAUACAAAGUAAAUAAAGUAAAGCAAAUGGGCCAAUUUAGAGUUUAGCUCCAGUGACAACCUAAAUGUUUGUAAAACUGUCUCCGUAGUUAGUGAUCACAGUGUUAAAGGUUUUUGCUAUAAAAUGUAAAAGGAUUGAUUAAAUUAUAAAAUAAAUAUGCUAAGAAUAUUCAUUUUGUAUGUUUAUAACAUGGAUUUAUACCAAAUGUCUUAAAUCGCAUUUAGCAAUUCCUUUGUUAAAGACCGUAAACGCAAAUCACUGUUAAACAGUUGUGAACCAUUCUGUAUCAGGUGAUGCUCCAACCUUAAUUAUAUAGCAUGUAUGACUGGUCGUGUAGUAUAUACUGAUUUCGAAAUCCUUUUUAUUAGUCUACUGGCAGGUUGGUUGCAAGUUUUCUAUGCUUGUGUUUUGAGACUUAUUAAAAAAAAAAAAAAGGAAAAACACAUAUAUUUGUGUAUUGUAUGCAAAAAAAUUUAAAAAUAAAUAUAUAUAUAUUUUUAUUUAUUUCCUAGGGCUCUCUGACACCAGAGGGCAUGAUACACCUUCUCUACUCAUUAGGCCUCGAGUAGCUCCAUGGUUUUUAAGUAAUAAAAUGUGACAUUGUAAAUGUUAUGUUUUUUUUCCUUUUUAUUGCACAGCUUCCAGAUGGCAGGGUUAUUAAAGUAGGUGGAGAACGCUUUGAAGCACCAGAAGCUCUGUUCCAGCCUCAUCUUAUCAACGUAGAAGGCGUUGGCGUAGCAGAGUUGCUGUUCAACACCAUUCAGGCAGCUGACAUUGAUACUCGGUGAGAAUUUCUGUACUUUGUUCUUUUGUAGAGUCAAUGCUGCUGGCACUGCUAAGUCAUUUAAUCACAUGUGAUCAGGAAGAAAUGUGAUAAUUUAUUUGCUUCAUAUAGAAAGGGGGAAAAAGUAAAAAAUAACACAAGAUUUAUGCAGUGCUCAAUAAACCAAGUAAAUUUUUUUUUUGUUUUUUUUUAAUUCAUUCUUAUCCUGCUUUUGAAAACCUAAAUACGCAAGCUUGGAAUGUAAUAAAGUGGUUUAAGAUUAGUAAUGUCUGAAAAUAGGAGAAGCAAAUUGUCUGUAUAGUAAAUAUUAUGGGAUGGAUUUUGGGGGUUAGUGAGGUCUCUCAUGGGUUUGUUUUUUAGAUAUCUAUUUUUUUUUUUUUCCUUUCUUGAAUAGCUUGUUUUGGGGUGAUGGAAGGAGGAUCUGUGACUUUCAAAGAUGUAGCCGUAUUUAUUUUUUAAAUAAGAAUUUCAGCAACACGAUCAUAGGAGAGUUAGAUUAGCAUCAAUCAUGCUGGACAUUCUGAGCACUGAUUACUGGGAUGUUGCCUCUUAUCAGGACUAUGGGGUCACUUAAUCAUUGCUUUUAACCUUUUUCAGGAAUAAUUCGUUUUACAAUAGACGGUAUAAAUCUGUAUAUUUUAUGGGUUAACUUAUCCGCAAAUAUAGACUUAAAUCUAUAUUGCACCUCUAAUUUUUGGAGGUCAACUUAUACGCAGGCAUAUACAGUGCAUUUAGUACUAUUUUUUUUUUUUUUCUGACUCCAGUAAUUCAAUAAUUGCUUUCAACAUCACUGGAUUUUGUCUACACGAUUGCCUACUAUUGGCAGAAUUGAGGUUAAAAAAAUCUCAAAAUGCAUAUUAAUUCUGUUUUAGAUGUAACAUUAAGGACAAUCUCAGAUUUGGUAAAUUACCUCCUGGGGAUGACUUCCUGUGCCUCCUAUAUAUGGUGAUCAAGCGAUGUGCAUCUAACUUCUUCUGCACAGCUGCAGUGUUUGACAUUGAGUUGGCUGAAAGCGCCAGCUGACCACUCUCACCCAAUGACUGUCAUUCUCCAUAAUGAAAGCAGCACAGAACUCUAGUCCUGGGUGGGCUGGCAUCCCUAUGACACUGAUGGGGAUGGAAUUAUACCUAUGGUAGCAGAGUGGUAUGUGCAGUGUUUCAAAGCAAAACACUGCACAUACAGAUUUCAGGCAUCAUGAUCACUUUAAAUCAUGGAAGUAGUCAUGGUACUUGGAGUGACUCUUUAAUCUUCUAGCUUCUGGUUAAACAUUUCUGUAAUUUUAUUUUUAUUUUUCUCCAAAUUUUGCAUGAGUAUAAAUUGCAAUUUGAGUUGUUUUGUUUCUUCAUUUACAAUAUAGCUAUUGCAUGGUUUAAAACAUUAGCUGUUUUUUUACAUAUGUGAAAUGUUAUGCCAUGUUUGCAGGUCCGAAUUCUACAAACACAUUGUGCUGUCAGGUGGUUCCACCAUGUACCCAGGACUGCCGUCCCGUUUGGAACGAGAACUUAAACAGCUAUACUUAGAGCGAGUACUGAAGGGAGAUGUUGAAAAACUAUCGGUAAGUCUGCAAAAUUAGGGUACCCGUGCCACUUUUUUGUUAUGAAUCGUUAAGCUUCAAUACUAGAAAAUUAGCUGGUAUGCUAAGCACAAGCAGGUCACUCUCAGUAGACGCAUGUUAAUUAAAGCUCCUUAGUUCUUUAUGAAUUGUUGGUUAAAAAUGAUGGCAUUUUGACAGCAGCAGCUGGAUUCACGUUUUGGCUACUCCAGUUAUGGUCUAUAUAUCGUAAUGAAGACCGAAUCAAUAUCUUCAUAUAUACUUGUGUAAGUGAUAAAAGUAGGGGGACGGGGCGGGGAAUACUUUUGCUGUGAAAUUCAAGCAUUAAUUUCAGAUACAUGCAAGGAUUUUAUCAAAUCAUAUAUAUCUGUAGUCUGCCAAUGGCAUAGAUGGAAAUAUAGAUGGUUGAAACAUCUAAUUGAGCAGGGCCCUCCACCUCUCUGUAACCAGACAACUGGACGUACAGGAACAAUUACAUGUCUGUUAGUCCACCCAUUGUACAGCGCUACGGAAUCUGAUUGCGCUAUAUAAAUAAUAAAAUAAUCUAAGAAGUACUUUGAAUCAGAGUGCAAUAUAGUUGCAAUUUAGUGCUGAACUUACUACUGGGCAGAGGUAUCUUGGUUACAAGGAAAAAACCUCCAGGGACCAUUUUAGGAGGGCCCUAAUUAAAGCAGUAGACCAAAAAGAGGCUCCUCAUGUGUUUUUAGCAGAAGCAGCAUGACUUUAAAAGCAAGCAUUUUUUUUUCUUUUUUUUUUUUUUUUUACAUUUUGUUGCACUUUCCAAUGUAUUAUGUAUAUUAGCGGUGUUCAAAGGUAGAUCUCAAAAAGUUUUAAAUCUACAGCUUCCGUGAUGCUUUGUCAUUCUACAGACAUGCAAAGCAUCAUGAGGUAUCUACCUUCUUGCCAUCUAGGGAUCUACCUACUUGCCUUUCCCGAUGUGUAUAUAAUAUUUAAAAAAAAAAAAAAAAAUUCCAGCAAGCGACCAUCUGUUUAAUUCCAGUUAAAUGUAACUGACUGCAGGCAUGUCCCAUAAACUUUACAUACAGAUUUAUUUUCUUCUAAAUUAUUUUUAUUUUUAUUUUUUUUUUAUUUUUUUUAACAAACUAAUUUUAAAGUGACGCACUGUUGUCUCUUUACUUACAAAUUGAAUGCAAUGGAUUUACUUUGCGUCCACUACAGAUGUUAGUAGCAACUUUUAAAAGUAGCAACUUUUCCUAAUGGUAUUUUCUCCUUUUUCAUUAAUUUUCUGAGCAUUUUUUUUUUUUUUUAAAUUUGUAAAUGGUCUAAAAAUGUAUUUUCUGAAUUACAGAAAUUCAAGAUCCGCAUUGAAGAUCCUCCCCGUCGCAAGCAUAUGGUGUUUCUGGGAGGUGCAGUGUUAGCAGAUAUCAUGAAAGACAAAGAUAACUUCUGGAUGACUCGUCAAGAGUACCAGGAGAAGGGUGUGCGCGUGUUGGAGAAACUUGGCGUGACGGUCCGAUAAACUGAGCCCCCUGUGCCCAUUGCUUCUCUAAAGCUCUCCUUAUUUCCUUUAUUGCCAAUCUUUGAACUCAUUCAGCUACAUGACUCGGAAAGGCCUGCUUGUGCCCUUUUGACCUACAAGGUCAAAUAUUUGUCCUGUUUCCUGGGGUGAGCUUUGUUAAAUAUGUGUGGCUGAAUUUGACUAUUUUGUUCACCCGUUUCUUUUUAAAAACAAAGCUCUAUUAACAGGCACUAUCUCCUCCAUUGUCUGUCCCUAAUAGGCAUUUGGCUAAUUGCAGUAGACUUUUUUUUCCCACUUAGAGUGCUGCUUUAAAGCUGCUAGCUUCAUCUUUGCUCACCUGGAGGUUUGCCUUUAUUAUCAUUAAAAAUUAUAAAAAAUAUUUUUAAAAAGCAGCUAUUAGCACCACAUCCUGAAUAUGUUUAACUUUGCUCCCUCUUCUGCACAAUCAUGCUAUCUCUGUCCUCACAAUUCUGAAAAGAAAAAUGUCUAUCACCAUUAAUCACUGAAAUAACCAAUUGGGAACAGGCCCUGCAGUUAUUGAAAAACUUCUGACAUUCUGAAUUUAUAAAUUUUUUUGUUUUAACCCCCUUCUUUUAACCUUGGGACGGAAUGGUACAUUUCCUCUAUAAUGUAAUGUAUGUUGGGCAUAUGAUUUUUCUUUUCUUUUUUUUUUCUUUUUUUUCUUCUUUCUGUUCUAUGUCCUAUUAACAAAGCACUUGAGCACAUGAGGAGGUCAGUUGUGAACAAGCUCCAUACAGUUCAUUCCCAAAAUGGUGAAAGGUGACAAACGUGUAUGUGAUUUAUUUCUAAAUAUAAGAUAAACUGUAUCUAUUCCUUUGUUCAGUGGUUUAUUUUUUAUUAUUGUGCUUUAUUUUGUCUAUUGUGUUUUUGUUUUUUUUCAUGAUUUUUAAUAGCGCUUCCUGAAGUGCCACUGGUUUUAAAAGCGCCAUUCCUUUUAGUGCCAAGUGCUCUAAAAUGGAGCUUGACAUUUUUUGUUCCUUUUUGCACUCAACAUUUUUUAUCUUUAAUUUGUGUACGGGCUUAAACCCCUUCUGUUCAGGAAUUCUUGAAACCUAUCAAAAUUUAUUUAACUUGCGAGGGUUUAGCCAAUGGAAUAAUGAUUUAAAUAGCCUUUAAUGUUGCACUUCAGGAAAUCAUACAGUGAAUAAUAUGCUGUAUUUGUGUUCUGUGCUUAGUACCUUAAUACUUUUCUUUUACUCAAAUAACAAAUCCAUUUAACAGUGCUUUCCUAUUAAGUGUAAAUAGAUAUACCGUGCACACAUGCAUAUUAUUGACCUAACCUGUUAUAUGCAUAGCACUGACUGUAUUUCUUGUGAAAUCUUACAAAUCCAGAUCUAUAGUUAAAUUGAGAGAGAGAGAGAGAGUAGAUAACGGUUAGGGGGAUCCAUACUUUCCUCCUGAUUACGUAUUGUCGCUGUGUGUAGAAGAGAGCAAAAUGUAACAGCAGAGAUCUGUACAUUGCAAACAAUAUAUUUUUAUUUUGUGAAGAACAGUGCGAAUCACUGCCAUUGUAUAUUGGGACACAUUUCAAAAGAGUAAAACCUUGACCUAUUGAAAUGAAGUCAGGGUUUAAUAUAAUAUAUUUACAUUACAGUAACUGAAUUUCAAAGCAUUGCAAAGUUUAUGUGCAAUAGUCACGUGCAUUCCUAUUCUUUUUAUCUAUAGAAUCACAUUUAUUUUAGAAGCAUAUUAAAGGCAAACCUCAGUCAAUAAUGCUGAUACUUUGGUAUUAAAAUAAAUUUACCUUCAACAUACAGAACAUACAAUUUGCUAUUGGGUUAGUGAUUUUUAAUUUUUUUAUUUUUUCCCUUUCUCCACCGCCCUUCCCCUUCCCUUCCUUUCUGUGUCUUGGAAUUUUGAGGUAAUUUUUAAACUAAUUUGGAAUAAAUUGGUCAUUCUGUCUGAACCAUGUGUCCUAUUUUCUCACAUCCUGUAUAUUGGAGAGUGGCAAUCGCACUCUUACACAAGACAAUUAGUUGAAAAUUUGGAAUUUAGCGACGACAGAUUUGUACAACAUUGAUGUUGUUGGGAAGCAAGACAUUAUUUUCAAUGUAUUCAGGAAAAGACAGUAAAAUGCGAUAUUUAUAGUUGUAGCUUGCCAUGUAUUUAGGACAUCUUUGGAGCAAACAUGAUUUAAUGGUAUAGCUUUUGAGAGAUAUAGCCAAGGUAAUUAAAGUAUCACUAAAGGGGGGAACAAUUGUUAAGUGCUAUUUAGAUUUUAGGGUACUCCAUUAUUCACUACAAAAAUGCUUCAUUUUACAUGUUACCAUCUGCAGUUCAGCACUGAUGCAGCCUGCUUUGCCUCUGCUGAUGUCAUCAGGCUUGAUAACCAUUUUGUUCAAUUAAAUGCUUCUCAUUGAGAGCAAUAGCAAACUUAAUGUACAUGUGCACCAAUCAAAUGCUUCUAUCAGUGAAGAAAUGAAUCUGGUCUCACUGUGAAAGCUCCCUCUAGUGGCUGUUAGGAAGAUCUCAUCCUAAACCUGAUUAUGAAAACAUUGCUGUAUCUGCAUAAUGGCAAUGUUUUACGCUGUGAGAGAAAAAAAAAUGCAUGGCCACUGCACACAGACAACUUUGAGAUGACGUGGUUUAGGUGAAAAAUGGUAGUACUUUAAAUUAAUGUAUUAUCGACCAUGAAGGCAUUAUGUAAUACCAGUGCAGUCCACUGGUACAUUUGUGUUUAUUUACUUUUUUUUCAUGCAUGUGUAUAUACAAUAUUUUUCAAUUUCAGGAGCAACAUUAUUCUGUUUCUGUCCUGAUGACCACCAUUUAUAGUUAUCCUUUGUCAGAGGGCAGCUAAUACAUGACUGUAGAUCACUCUUCUCUGGCAAGAUUGCUGCAUGUACACUUUGUGAUUUAGCUGCCUUACAUGAUUCUGUGAAAAGUUGUCACAGUGGGAACAUUCAACAUAAUGGACAAAGCAGGGUGGUUUUGUGGUCGGGUAAACACUUCUUGCAGCAGAGCAUCCCUUAAAAUGACAGUGCUCUGGGAGGCACCCUGAUCCUGCUCUCGCAGCAAUUGUAAAAUCUCUAAUCUGUCUAUACUUGCUGCAGUUAUUUCCCACCAAAAAGUUACAUUAACCUUCUGUGGCUGUUUUCAUGUAAAGAGAAUGCAUCUGUAAUAUGUGGUAUUACAUGAAAAAAGGUAUAUGUAGAUUUGUGUGUUUUGAAUAGUUACAUUCAGGUUAUAUAUUAUGAAGCAUUUCAAAAAGGAUUAAAGCGAACACUGAAUUAGACAUUAA